UUAUGGUGGCGUGGAAAACAGUGGCGAAAAUUUUUACAACUUGGAGCGCAUAAAACAAUUCAAAUAAAUACGUUUGUUAGCGACAAGUGGAGAGCAACGGACGUGGAAACGAAUGAAGUUUUUGUGAUAAAUAAUAGAAAGAAAUACAGACCUAAAGCCAACACAAGAGACACCAGAGCUGUCUGUGUCAUAAAACGAAAAGGUUAGAAAAUUAUCUGUUUUAUUUUCAAUAUUAUUUCAAGUCAUAUUGCAUCCAAUUCACAGUUACAUAUAUAAUUUAAAUGCUUGGUUACCUUUGUUCCAUUCUAUGCUUACAUUAUCAGAACAGUGGUAACUAGGCAUGUGAGUUAUCAAGUCACUCAUAUAUAUAAUUUAAAUGCUUGGUUGCCUUUGUUCUAUUCUAUGCUUACAUUAACAGAACAGUGGUAACUAGGCAUGUGAGUUAUCAAUUCACUCACAUAUAUAUAUAAUUUAAAUGCUUGGUUACCUUUGUUCCAUUCUAUGCUUACAUUAUCAGAACAGUGGUAACUAGGCAUGUGAGUUAUCAAUUCACAGUUACAUAUAUAAUUUAAAUGCUUGGUUACCUUUGUUCCAUUCUAUGCUUACAUUAACAGAACAGUGGUAACUAGGCAUGUGAGUUAUCAAUUCACUCACAUAUAUAUAUAAUUUAAAUGCUUGGUUACCUUUGUUCCAUUCUAUGCUUACAUUAUCAGAACAGUGGUAACUAGGCAUGUGAGUUAUCAAUUCACAGUUACAUAUAUAAUUUAAAUGCUUGGUUACCUUUGUUCCAUUCUAUGCUUACAUUAACAGAACAGUGGUAACUAGGCAUGUGAGUUAUCAAUUCACUCACAUAUAUAUAUAAUUUAAAUGCUUGGUUACCUUUGUUCCAUUCUAUGCUUACAUUAUCAGAACAGUGGUAACUAGGCAUGUGAGUUAUCAAUUCACAGUUACAUAUAUAAUUUAAAUGCUUGGUUACCUUUGUUCCAUUCUAUGCUUACAUUAACAGAACAGUGGUAACUAGGCAUGUGAGUUAUCAAUUCACUCACAUAUAUAUAUAAUUUAAAUGCUUGGUUACCUUUGUUCCAUUCUAUGCUUACAUUAUCAGAACAGUGGUAACUAGGCAUGUGAGUUAUCAAUUCACAGUUACAUAUAUAAUUUAAAUGCUUGGUUACCUUUGUUCCAUUCUAUGCUUACAUUAACAGAACAGUGGUAACUAGGCAUGUGAGUUAUCAAUUCACUCACAUAUAUAUAUAAUUUAAAUGCUUGGUUACCUUUGUUCCAUUCUAUGCUUACAUUAUCAGAACAGUGGUAUAACUAGGCAUGUGAGUUAUCAAGUCACUCAUAUAUAUAAUUUAAAUGCUUGGUUGCCUUUGUUCUAUUCUAUGCUUACAUUAUCAGAACAGUGAUAUAACUAGGCAUGUGAGUUAUCAAUUCACUCAUAUAUAUAAUUUAAAUGCUUGGUUACCUUUGUCGCGUCCUAUAAUCCCCCUAUAUGCUUACUUCUUUGUCCUAUAUUAAUAUCGUCUCUCGUCUUUUUCAGGUCAAAGAAACACGGAUAUAAAAGCGUACAUAGAGACGUUAGUGGUCUUGGAUAAAACUGUGCGAGAUCAGUUUGAUAGCAACAGUGAAGCUGAAAAAUAUGUUCAAGUCUUACUCAUGUUGGUAAGUCAAUGAACAUUCUUUUUAUAUGAAAGCUCGUGCAGCAUUUUCAAUCAAUCCAAUCUUUUCCAUAAUCUUCUCCAUCUCCUUUUUUCCCUCGUGAAGUUUUUCAUCUUAAAUGCUCUUAAACGCCUUAGGAAACGUUUUUCUUUUUUUUCUUUUUAAUAGUCUUCAAAUGCAUAUAAACACGAAUCUUUAACCCAGCAUGGACUCAAAAUUGAUAUAAUUCCUUCAAAAAUAGUGAUUCUAAAGGUAAGUCUAAAUUAAUUUGAAUAUAGUAACAGUAAAAAAGAAUAUCUAACAGUACCUUGUCUAGGUACGUUUAAGAUAAUUCUUACUGGACCUCUAGGGAGAGCAGCUUAGAACUGAUAGAGCUAGUAUCCAGUAUAAAUAAAGUUAGUUCAAUUUAGGUAACACUGGAUCAAAAAGGGAUGAUCCUUAUACUGGACCUCUAGAAAGAACAGUUUAGUUUAGCACUAAAUUUAUAAUAAUUUAUCCUCAACUAUUUUUUUCAGAAUGAAGUAAAUUUUGAUAUCUCUAAGAGAGGCGACAAUCUUUACACUGCAUGUGAUGUCAUGAAUAAACAAGAAAAGGUUAUUGGUUCCAAAAAAUUUGAUCAUAAAUUAUUCCUGACAAGGUAAGACCUUAUGAUCUCUUGUUCCACUUUGUUGUACAAAUGUGCUUUAACCGAUGGUAUUAAACUGACGAGUCGACAGUGAUUUAACUUAAAUCUUUUAUUUUUUGCAGGAAUCAAUUUGGAGCAGCAG